CUCCCCCGCCUCCAUUUUGUUCGCGGACGCUGGGGACGGUGGGAGCAGAUCCAUUUCCGGGUUGGCAAAAGGGGCGGCGGCGGCGAGAGAGGGAGAUUGCCGGGGAGCGAGCAGGACGGGACGAAGCCGGAGCGGAGGUGGGGGAGGAUUCGCUCCCGGGGCUGCUGCGGCUAGGUCGGAAAGAGGCAGAGGAGGCUGGGUAUAUGAGUGACCUAAAGCUGCAAAGUAAAACGGAAAGAAAGCAGUGCCAACUGCGAGCAGGGCAAGGAUGCCAAUUCCUCCACCCCCUCCACCGCCCCCUGGUCCUCCUCCGCCUCCCACUUUUAAUCAGGCAAACACAGAGCAGCCCAAGCUGAGUAGAGAUGAACAGCGGAAUCGAGGUGCCCUUUUACAGGACAUCUGCAAAGGGACCAAGCUGAAGAAAGUGACCAACAUUAAUGAUCGGAGUGCUCCCAUCCUUGAGAAACCGAAAGGAAACAGUGGUGGUUAUGGCUCUGGAGCAGCUGCCCUGCAGCCCAAGGGAGGUCUCUUCCAAGGGGGAGUGCCGAAGCUCCGACCUGUGGGAGCCAAGGAUGUUUCAGAGAACCUAGCUGGUAAGCCAGCCCUACAAAUCCCCAGUUCUCGAGCUGCUGCCCCAAGGCCACCAGUGUCUACAGCCAGCGGGCGCCCUCAAGAUGAUACAGACAGCAACCGAGCCUCACUCCCGGAACUGCCCCGGAUGCAGAGACCCUCGUUACCGGACCUCUCUCGGCCUAAUACCACCAGCAGUACAGGCAUGAAGCACAGCUCCUCUGCCCCUCCUCCACCACCCCCGGGGCGGCGUGCCAACGCACCCCCAACACCUCUGCCUGUGCACAGCAGCAAAGCCCCAGCCUACAACAGAGAGAAACCCUUGCCGCCCACACCUGGACAAAGGCUGCACCCUGGUCGCGAGGGACCUCCUGCUCCACCCCCAGUCAAACCACCUCCUUCCCCUGUGAAUAUCAGGACGGGACCAAGUGGCCAGUCUCUGGCUCCUCCUCCUCCUCCUUACCGCCAGCCUCCUGGGGUUCCCAAUGGACCCUCCAGUCCCACUAAUGAGUCAGCCCCUGAGCUGCCACAGAGACACAAUUCUUUGCAUAGGAAGACACCAGGGCCUGUCAGAGGCCUAGCGCCUCCUCCACCCACCUCAGCCUCUCCGUCACUACAGAGUAAUAGACCACCUCCCCCAGCCCGGGACCCUCCCAGUCGGGGAGCAGAUGAUUUUGAGUCAAAGUAUUCUUUCCAUCCAGUAGAAGACUUUCCUGCUCCAGAAGAAUAUAAACACUUUCAGAGAAUAUAUCCCAGCAAAACAAACCGAGCUGCCCGUGGAGCCCCACCUCUGCCGCCCAUUCUCAGGUGAAGCCUGGCUUGGUCCUGUUCCUCAGGAAAAGGAUGGACCCUCUCCUCUGCUCAGAUGGUCCCUUCCAUUCCCCUGAAACCUGCAUGAGAGCUCCUGACGUGUUUCUCCAGUGCAACCCAUCUCUAGACACCAAGCGUCCUCCCCACUCACCUCCAUCUAUGCAUCUCGUCUCUAGACUUGGUGAUUGGACUCUUAAGACAGUAGGGUCUCAAACCCUGCAUCCAUCCCUCCUCUUGCAAGCCCUGCUAGCCAGAUGAGGAAAACGCUUCCAUGUCUCCUGCCUUCCUCUUGGGGAAAGGUGCCUUGUUAUGAUGAAUGAACUCAUUGUUGGGGCAGGGUGGAGUAUUGUACUCCUACUUUCUCCUACCCACUGUGGGGGAAGCGUGACGGUUGUAUUAUAUUUCCUCAUUUAGGAGGCUGGCGUGGCCAGGACUUCUGGGGGGUGGGCAUUUUUAGUGAAACAGGAAAGGAAUUUGCAGAGAAGUGAUCUGUUUUAAAGGUCAAGUUUGAAGAAAAGGCAAAGAAAUGGGUCUGCUUUCUGUUUAGGGGUAUUUUGGUUUUGCUCUCACCCCACCCCAUGCCACCACCCCAGGGAGAAGUUGGAUAUUAUAAACACUAAAUACUAACCAGUUGAACUAAACAUCUAAUAAAAAGAGAGGGUGAAAUAAACUGGGGAUCCUUUUAGAGCUAGUCAGUUUCUCUGCAGCAAAGGGGCCAGGAGCCAUUUGUGUCCUCUGGGACUCCCUGCCCAUUUGCCUGUUUCCUCAGGGUGCUGAGGCUGAGGGCUGUUAUUCCUCUCAGCACUGCCCAUCCCCUCAAGAGACAAGUCACUUUGAUUCAUUACAGAUUCACAAACUCCAAAAACCUGCAGUGGGAGAUGGAAAGAUAGAGUGUUGGCCUUGACACCAAUUAAGUCUUUUCUGACUGGCCCUGGAGGCCUGCUCAGAGACUUUAGCCCCUGAUGGGUGCCCCAGGAUGACAAGGGAAGGUGAAGCACCUCGUGGAAGGGUCAACUCUGUGGGUUAUGAAGGACUUUAAGGCCCACUUGUUCCAAAGUUCACAGCCCAUCUGACUUAGCAGGUACUUCUGUUCCUUUCUCCACUACUCUUGCCUCUGCAAGACUGCAGGGGUUAAUAUAGCAGAAUAGAGAAGGGUGAGGAAGGUUAUGGGGACAGCCAGAUUCCUCUGUGCCAGGAAGCACAGACUUUGGUGAAGUGUGCCUCAGUCCAGUUGAUCUUCCUUGGCAGCCAGCAAUAUGUUUUUUCGUCUUCCGGGUCCUAGUUCAAGGAUGCAGGGGAAAUAGAGGGUCCCAGUCUAGGAAGA